AUGACAGAUUACACCUACUACAGUUCAUCCGCAUCUAAAGGCUUCACCUUUCUGAUACCAUACCAUGUCCAAGCCAAGUUUGUCGCGAUCACGAAGAAACUACCUCCCACCGCGCGCCCAGUAUACCGCGAAUAUUUUGGCGACAUCAUGGCAUGUCGAGAUCGAGCUCGAAACUCGGCCGAGGAAAUGCAAGCGUUCGUGAACGAUAGCUUUCCGCGUAUUUCGAAGGAUCAUAACCGACUAGCGAAUCUGAUGAAUGCGGAAAUCGACAAGCAAAGGAAGAAUGUGUUGGUCAAGAUACCAAUCACAGGCGAUGGGACGGCGGCUGAAGACGAUGAGGACGAACCGGUAGCGCAGGCGCAUAAGAAAAAGCAGAGUGUCGCUACCCCAGGCAAAAAGGUAACACCGGAUGCUGUGUCAGAGGUUUCUGCGGAGGCUGCAGUGCGCGAAGAGUCCCCUGAAGCAGCUUUCCCCCCGACUAUGGCGAAUGCGGAGCUUGUUCGGCCAGCUCUGCGUCAGGGUCCUGCGACAUCGUCGGCUUCUCCAACCGGUAUAAGCAGCGAACAAUCCGAGGUAGACGAGGAAGACAGCGAGAUGAGCGUGAUAUUUGUCGACACAUCAGAGCCUUGGAAAGAUUCGCUUUGGCCACACGGCGCCUGGGUCGAUGGUCUAGAAGUCAUCGAUGCGCUUCCAUGGGCGCGCCCAAAACCGACCUAA